CGUGAUGGAAUCAAAGUUCUUAUUUUCCUUUGAUCGUUUCAAAACGGAAAACAGCUUGAAAAAUGCCUGGAAACGUGAAAAGGUAAAACGCGGGAAUCAGAUUCCCACUUGAUUGGAACAUGUUACCAAUAUAAAAGAUUUAAAAUAAAUAAAAACUUUAAACGCAAAAAUGCUUAUAAAAAUUCUAGUUGGAUGUGUAAUGUCGAAGACUUCUUAAUCAGUCCAACAGAUCAAAUGCUUAAAUCCGAAGAAUCAUUAACAAUGAAGCUAAUCAUGUACGUAAUACUAUAUGGUUCAUUAUAUGAAUGAACUCCAUUACUCGUCUUUUUCUUAGUUAACUCUUCUUCAUACUCUUUUCGUUAUCCUACUCAUCACAUAUCACCAUUCAAAUAGUUUACUUACAAUUCCAAAAGCGUUAUUUUAUUCUUGUGACAAAACAAAACCUUAUUUUAUUCAAACUCACCAAACAAUUUUUUUUUUAAACUCCAAUGCUAUAAACAACAUAUCAACAAUGAUAUAUAAACAGCCAACUCGAAUUGAUAAAAACCGAAACAGAAUUCAACAUCACACAUGAAAAUCUGUAAAGAAUAUAGAGAAAAAAUAUUAAACCGGCUUUUCAACCGAACUUGACACGACGUCGUUGCAAUGUCCGAUCUAAAGUAUUUUUAUGAAAGAACUUGCAUAUUAACUUAUUCCCUGGAUCUAAAGUAGCCUAGUGAAGCGUCAACUUUUUGUAAACCCUCUAGCUAGCUAUCUAGCCAUGCGGGAUUCUCUUCACGAGAAAUAAGUUCCAUGGAUCGAGGAGUAUCUCAUUUGGACACUAAGUUAGGUGGAACACGGAUAUCACUAACACCAAUUCACUCACUUAAACCUUUUCAUUCAAGAUAUCUUGAAUCUUAUAAGUUGUAAGGAUUAAUAAAUUUGUGUUCGGAAAGCCAAUUCUCCCCUACAACGAUGACCCGGUGGUCAUGUGGGAACGCUCAUCUCUCGUAUUGGCUACACAUGACCAUCGGUUUUAUUAUUAUUUUGUUUUAUGUUGGUAACAAUAUUCUUUCAAACUCUAGAGACUCUUGUAAAUAACUUGUUCUUGUUUAAUCAAUAGAUUUAAGCAUCCAAAAGAUGUAUACUUACAUAUAUAGUUGGGAACCCACAAAUAAGAAAAAACAAAACCUAUUUGUAUCCCUAAAUUUUUUCAAUACAAUAUGUUAGCAUAUACAUUUGCAUAUCACCUUCUUCAAGAGAUGGGAGGAGAUGAGUUGGGCGAAGCUGUAUCUGUAUCUCGUCCACACAUCCUCGACACGACUUCAGAGGCGACUUUUAUAAUUUCCCCGGUGAACUCAAGCAGUGGCUUUCGGACAAAUCGCGCCCAUAGUCCCAGAACACCUACCAUCACCAUCCCCGUCUCUGCAACCAUUUCUUCAACUUUUUCUUCUUUAGAUUCCCUAAUGUUUUUGGUAGUAAACUCGAAAUGUGAGAAAAUUUAUGGUUAAAGACUUCUGUGAGGGAGAUGACUGUAGAGCAGAGAGUGGCCAUAAAAGGUUUGGUAUAUUUUAUUGAUUUCAUGUGGGGGUUGCAACCCCCAGAAGCGUGCUCAGCUAACGGUCAAUAAAGAAAUUUCAAAACUCUCUAAGUGGGGCAGCGAGUUAGGCUUGAGUUUUGCUUUUGAAUACUCAAUUUUGACAUGAAAGGAGUACCACAUUCAUUGAAUUGCAAGUUUUCAAGUCAAAGUAUCCCUAAUGUUUUUGCUUGUUUUAACUAAGUUUUAUGUGGCUUGUUUCUUGUUCCUAUUAUUUUCUUUAUUUUCUUUUUCUUCUUUUAUUGAGUAUAUGCAAAUCGGAUGAGACUUGAUACUAUUAAUUAGGAGUUUGAGAAAAAUUGUAUUUAAUAUGUUGUGUGUUAUGUAAUUAUCAGUGACAUGCUGAGAGUUUUACAUGCAUAAGGCAAGUUUAAAAAAUAAAUUUUUUUGUAACUGUAAUAAAAAUAAUUUUUUAAUAUGAUAUAUUAUUUUCAUCAAAUAUAUAAAUUUAAUACUGUAAAAGAAUAAGUUUAUUUCGUAACUAUGUUAUAUUAUGUUAUAUAUGAAAAAAAAAAUUAAAACGUGAGUUAGUCAAUUUUUAUAGAAAUAUUUUUUUUUUAAAUAAGUCUAAACCUGAGUGCAUUUUUCAAUAGACUGUAAACGCACGCCUCUGGUAAUUAUGCCACGUCGUCAAAGUGGGACUCGACUGCUCGUGUUGUGUAUAGCAUAUAUCAAGCUCCAGCGAUAGAAAUAAAACUCAAUAGUUAAAGUUCUCAAUAGUUGUAAGAGUGACUACCUAAAUUACCUAGUUUCCACUGAAAACAAUUUUUAUCCUCUAGUACGAAAGUGCAGGUUUAAUUUGGAACUCCCAAUUCAAUCAAAAAGGUCCAAGCACUAAUAAAUUAAACUCUCAUGUCAUUUCGACAGCAGUAAGUUGUUUUAAGUGGAUGAAUUGAUCGCGUGCUCAUCUCUUACUUUCACUUGCGAAUUCCCACCUUUGAUUUCUUAAGUGGAGGGUCAAAUAUCUCUUACGUUCAGUCAUCUUUUAUAUUGCCAUUAUGUUUAUGUUAGUUUAUUGGUUCUGUUUCGAUGCAUAUAUCGAAAUAGAUAUCUUGUUUGUUAACCACCAUCCAAUUAGAACGACUUAAAACCUUAUGAAAUAAUAUAUAUAUUAAUUUCAAACGCAACCCUAAGAGUACUAUUCACACUUGCGAGAAAAACAAAUCAAACUCUAAGAUACCAUAUAAUUAAUCAAAUAUUAACAUUUUACACCAAAUAAAAUAUCGACGUGAUAUUCGACGGUUUAUAACGGUUGCAAAAGAACCAAUCAAAAAUAAAAUCUAAUUAUAAUUAUAUAAAAAUAUAUAUAUAAGAGCUAGUAGUACAGUUAGUAAAUAAUAAAAUAGUUGGAUGAUCAUAGAGAAUAGAAAUCUUUAUUGAAUGAUCAAUAAACUUCGAGAAACUUAUUUUUAUAGAUUAUUAACGUUUUAUUUGUUCCAAUUAUAUUUUUAAUAUCAUUGAUAAAAAUGAUGAGAAAAUUAAUUCAAAACUAAUAUAGAAUCAAUAUUUUCAUACUUUUCAAAAGAUUUUAUGGUUAUUUAAAUUUCAUAUUAUCACUAUAUAGUUUUUUAGGUGAAAUGUCACUAUAUAGUUUGUUGUUCAUUUGUAUGGAUUUUAAUUUUAUUACUGAGGACUGUAGUAUUAAUGACGACAAAUAAAUAAUGAACUACUAGAUUCCGUGUUAAUUUUCUGUUUUUGUCUAUUCCUUAUUAUUUUAUUAAAAAUAGCUUUGUACUUCGCCAUAUUUAUUACAUAAUUAAAGCUUGUUAUUUUAUUUUAAAGAAAUCAAUAAUUUCAAUUAGUGAUUUGGAAGAAACCCUUCCCAUGCUCUCUUUCCCUAGUUUAGAAAAUAUUUAUUUACUAUAAAGUAAUGUAAAAAUUCUACUAUAAAGUUUUUGUUGAUUGAAGUAAUGUAAAAUGUUUUUUAAGAUUCUUAUUUUCAUUGUUAUUUCAAAUUUUUUUUAUUAAAGAAAAACAAAAGAAAAGCGUAGAAAUCUCUGAUUGAUUUGUUAUUUAUUAAACUCAAAUCCUCCUUUUUCAAAGGAUCGAAACAAACAUCCCACUCUAAAAGCGUGCUUUAGUAACGGAAGCAUUUUUCUAAGUAUCUUCCUUAUAUAUAUCCUUGAAACGCUCUCACUUUGCUUACGUGAACCCUUUGUCUCUUUAUUUGAAUAAAAGACUUGCAUGUUUUAGUUUUGUCGGAUCUGACUCUAGAACUCCAAGAGCCAACAAAACCAAAAACUUCAUUUAACUUUCUCUCCUUCUCGAUUCGGUUUAUCAAAUAAGAGUUUUUAAAUUAGUAGAAGAGUAUUUUAUUUCGUUUGGAUCGGUUAGUUACCUGUGACUGAGGAUUUAUGCAUCGAUCAAUAUUGGGAAUGGAUAAUCAAGAGGUUGUUGAUAUUGAAGCUCAGAUCGAGAAUAAUAACGAUGAUCAAACCCUUCCUUUUUCAGUUUUUAAAAAGGCCAAUCUUCCUAUUACUUUAAAGUUUGAGAAUGUUGUGUACACGGUGAAGGUGAAGGAACCAAAGAGCUGGCUAGGUCAAACCAAAGGCAAAACCGAAGAUAAGACCAUCUUGAAGGGUGUAAAUGGGAUCGUUAAACCGAGAGAGAUCCUGGCUAUGCUCGGUCCCUCAGGAAGUGGCAAGACCAGCUUAUUGACCGCUCUAGGAGGGCGGGUUAGCGAAGGGAAAGGGAAGCUCACAGGGAACAUAACAUACAACAACAAGCCAUUCUCCAAAGGUGUGAAGCGAGCCACCGGUUUCGUGACUCAAGACGAUGCUCUUUACCCUCACUUAACUGUUACCGAAACUCUAGUCUUCACUGCGCUUCUCCGGCUUCCGAACUCUUUCAAAAAACAAGAUAAGAUCAAACAAGCUGAGGCGGUCGUGACUGAGUUGGGUCUAGAUAGAUGUAAGAACACUAUCAUAGGAGGACCUUUCUUGAGAGGUGUUUCGGGUGGUGAGAGGAAAAGGGUUAGCAUAGGGCAAGAGAUUCUUAUAAACCCUAGUUUGUUGUUUCUUGAUGAGCCUACUUCUGGUCUUGAUUCCACCACCGCUCAGAGGAUUGUGUCCGUUUUGUGGGAACUGGCUCGCGGUGGAAGAACGGUCGUGACAACAAUUCAUCAACCUUCUAGUAGGUUGUUCUAUAUGUUUGAUAAGAUUCUUCUCUUAUCAGAAGGUAAUCCGAUAUACUUUGGGCUUGGAUCCAACGCUAUGGAUUAUUUUGCUAGCGUUGGGUACUCUCCAUCUGUUGAAAGGGUUAAUCCGUCAGAUUUUCUCUUGGAUAUAGCCAACGGUAUUGGAUCAGAUGAAUCUCAAAGACCAGAGGCUUUGAAGACAGCUCUAGUUGCGGUUUACAAGACAAAUCUGUUGGGCAAUGUUAUCAAUGAUCUGAAAGGGCAAGACGAUCAAUAUAACCAAUCAGUAGAGAGUCUUGGAGAUUCCAAACGUUUUGGAGACUGGCCAACAACGUGGUGGCAGCAGUUCUGCGUUCUUUCGAAGAGAGGCCUUAAGCAAAGGCGACAUGAUUCUUUCUCUGGCCUAAAGAUUGGUCAGGUUUUGUUCGUGUCUUUCCUAUGUGGUCUCCUUUGGUGGAAAACGGACCUUGCUCACUUACAAGAUCAGCUAGGGCUAUUGUUCUUUAUGUCAUCUUUCUGGGCGUUCUUCCCACUUUUCCAACAAAUCUUCACGUUUCCCCAACAGAGAAAAAUGCUUGAGAAAGAACGAUCCUCGGGAAUGUACAGGCUCUCGUCUUACUUCAUGUCCCGUGUUGUCGGGGAUCUCCCAAUGGAGCUUAUUCUACCAACCAUUUUUCUCAUCAUCACAUAUUGGAUGGCUGGUUUAAACCCAAAACCUGUAAACUUCUUUCUGACCCUUCUGAUCCUUCUUCUCCACGUCCUUGUCUCUGGUGGGCUAGGACUAGCCCUAGGUGCCCUAGUGAUGGACCAGAAGACAGCCACGACACUCGGGUCAGUUAUAAUGCUGACGUUUUUGUUAGCUGGAGGAUUCUACGUUCGAAAUGUCCCAGUGUUCAUCUCUUGGAUUAAAUACGUAUCAAUAGGUUACUAUACCUAUAAACUGGUGAUAUUGGGUCAGUACACGGAGAGUGAGUGGUAUCCUUGUGGUGAAAAUGGGAAAUUGAAGUGUUAUGUUGGCGACUUUGAAGGUAUUAAGCACAUAGGGUUUCAUGGUGGAUUAGUCUCUGCGUUUGCCUUGGCUUUGAUGCUUGUUGGUUAUAGAGUAGUUGCUUACAUUGCUUUGAUGAGGAUUGGAAAAACCAAGUCUGGCUAAUAAUGUAGCUAUCUCCAUUUUUUGUAUUGGGUUUUAGUACUUUUUGAGUAAGAACGAAUGUAUAACACCAAUAUGUUCUUAUUGCAAUGUUGUUUUUUCGUUGA